AAAAUCAGAAUGAAGAGGGAAAGGGUUAGCAUAUUCGGAAAAAUCAGUUACAAAGCAACCAUUAGGCACAGAUGCAAUGGGAGAUUAAGCUUGCAAGGGAAAUUGCUUUUGUUCACUUUAUUUAUUUAUUUAACGUAGAAUUAUCUGAAAUGGUUGGAAUAAAGCUCAAUGCCCAAUAAAAAAACAAAAAAAAACACACACACACAGAAUCUCAAGUCCAUAAGGCCACAAAUCUUCACAAGUAGACCUAGAAGGUCCAAUCAAUGGUUGGAAGUCAAUAUGAAUGUGCAAAAGCAAAUUAGCAAAACAACCCAAUUAGCAAGCCCUUAAUGGAGAGAGGACAACGUGAACUUACACGUCUUCCCCAUUUAAGUUUUUGACCUUAAGAACACAAUCGUUUAAUCAAAGGGUUUAAAUGUUAAUAAAAAGUAUUUCAAGUACUCAAUUUGGACACAAGUUUGUGUGGGGAGGACUUGAUUGCACCAAACUAAUUAGUUCAAGCCCCAACCAAACGAAGUUCGAGCAAAUUGAAAAAGGGGCCCUUCAUCUCCUUCUCAGUUCUCUCUUUUCUUUUCGCAUAGUUUCAGUCUCUUCUUCGAUUCCGUACUGGUUUCCCGACGAAGCUUCCGAUCAAGCAGAAUGGAUCUGAACAUGGACCUCAACGCCCCUCACUCCAUGGGCACUACCAUCAUCGGCGUAACUUACAACGGCGGUGUUGUCCUUGGCGCCGACUCCCGUACCAGCACCGGGAUGUAUGUGGCUAACCGGGCCUCGGACAAAAUUACACAACUCACUGACAAUGUCUAUGUUUGCCGCUCUGGAUCGGCUGCAGAUUCUCAGGUUGUCUCUGAUUAUGUGAGAUAUUUUCUUCAUCAACAUACGAUACAGCUAGGACAGCCUGCUACAGUCAAAGUUGCUGCAAACCUUGUCAGGCUGCUGUCGUACAAUAACAAGAAUCUUCAAACUGGUUUAAUUGUUGGUGGUUGGGAUAAGUAUGAAGGUGGUAAAAUUUAUGGAAUUCCUCUCGGUGGAACAAUAAUCGAGCAACCUUUCACCAUCGGAGGAUCCGGCUCCAGUUACCUUUAUGGGUUCUUUGAUCAAGCAUGGAAGGAAGGAAUGACUAAGGAAGAAGCUGAGCAACUAGUGGUUAAGGCAGUUUCACUUGCCAUUGCUCGAGAUGGCGCCAGUGGAGGUGUUGUCCGCACUGUCAUUAUCAACUCUGAGGGAGUAACAAGAAAUUUCUACCCUGGUGACACACUUCCACUUUGGCAUGAGGAAUUGGAGCCCCAGAAUUCAUUAUUAGACAUACUGAACACUCCGAGUCCCGAGCCUAUGACCAUGUAAUUCUAGAGAUCUUACACCCUGAACCGGUGGGAUUCUCGACUGCAAUUCAGUUGUUUUCUCCGUAGACAGACUCAGAAAUGGGAAUUUCAUCUUUCUUCAUGUAAAACAGAUAUUAAUGUACUUUUGUUUUGAACAUUAAUUGGGUUGAUCUAAGCGUUAAAAAAUUCUGCCCAUUGUU